AUGGUAGUGCAAAGCAUCAAGCCGUGGACUCACCAGGACCUGCAGGUCCGCAGCCUCCCCGACCGAAUCCGCGACAUCAGUCGCCUCACGCACCUCUACCCGUGCGUGCCCAAGGACGACGCCUUUGGUAGGUACUACACGCCCGUCCAGGUGGAGCUGCCGUCGACGGAAUACAUCCAGCCCAUGCUCCUCACGCACGUGCCAUCGUGA